AUGCAGCAGAAAAAGCGGUUCUCAGCAGGAGAGCCCACUACGAGGCAAGGCAAAAGGGACGCACAACAAGCAACUCCGUUUGCGGGAGAAACGACUCUCGAUCCAUAA